AUGAAAAGCAUCUCAACUCUUGCAACAACUUUGGCGUUGUGCAGUCCUGGUGCUGCCUUGGUCUGCAAAUCAACGCCCUUGGAUUCCAAUUGGCCCAAUGUAUCGGAUUGGAUGGCCUUGAACCGCACACUUGGUGGCGCUCUUCUUCAAACUCGCCCGGUUGCAUCUGCAUGCUAUGCUAACAAUCCUUUCAACUCGACUCUAUCUUGCAAUGACGUGGAAGACCAAUGGAAUUCGACUUACUUCCAUGCCACACUUCCCGAAUCAAUCGAUGCCUCGAUCUGGACCAACAAUUCGUGUGUCCCUCCUGGAGCAGAUGGACAUGUCGAAGGCAGUUCUUGCACUCUUGGGGCUUAUCCAGCAUACAUCGUCAAUGGCACCUCGAACGAGAUCAUAUCAAAAGCGAUGCGUUGGGCCUCGCGUCGCAACAUCCGCAUCAUUGUCAAGGGAACUGGUCAUGAUCUCGAUGGCCGCUCCACUGGCGCCCAUAGUCUUUCCAUCUGGACCCAUCAUCUCAACCACAUCAAGUUCGAUUCCGAUUGGAAUGGUACCGAAGACGUUGCCAUUGUCGGUAGCGGGCAGCAAUGGGGCAAUGUCUAUGAUGCAGCAGCAAAGCUCGGAAAAGUGGUAAUUGGCGGCGCAGAAGGUAGCGUGGGCCUUGGUGGACAUAUCCAGGGUGGAGGUUACGGACCCCGGUCAUCGACCUAUGGCCUCGCUCCUGAUCAGGUCCUUCAAGUCAACAUUGUGACUACAGAAGGAGAUAUCCUCGUCGCUAAUGAUACUACCCAUCAAGACCUCUUUUGGGCGGUUCGUGGCGGCGGUGGUGGUAGUUAUGGUGUUGUCACUGAGUAUGUUCUCAAGGCUUACCCAGCUCCUGCCAACUCUGUUGCCGGAACACUGUCAAUCAGCGGUGGCAACAACGCUACUGGCAACAUCACGUGGGAUGCUUUUGGUGUUCUCCUUAACCACAUACCUGGGCUCAUGGAUAAAGGCCUUUGGGGCAACGUCAUUGCCUUUGGUCAAACACCAGGCGAGGUCUCUCUGACUGCUCAACUUUCAGCCUACAACAGUACUGCAUCUCGAGUCACUGCUUGGGUCGAACCCAUCAUUGCAGCAAUCCGAAACACAACCGGGAACAGCAACUCUAGUCUCGCCAUAAUCUGGAGCGACCCCGUCGUUUCUCCUUUCGACAGAAACACCAGCUCCAAAACUGCUUCAAACACCGCCGGAUCCGGUGGCCUCGAGACCAGCCGCCUCCUCGGUCUUGCUCAACUCUCUCUUCCUUACAAGCAACUCUCGUCGUACCUCCGCCGCAUUAUGUGGACAGAACCCGGAAGCGGCAGUGCCAUGUUAAUUCUCGGUCUCAUGGCCGGCCCCGGCGUCCAAAACACUCCUCUGCAACGUCAAGGUGCCGUAAACCCCAUCUGGCGCAAGACCUACGUCCACGCAAUCUCUGGCUCUGCUCCUGCAUCCAACGACACAGCUACAUCAGCCCAGAUGAUCAAACAAUCCGCCGAGUGGUACGAGAUUCACAGAGAAGCCGUGUGGCGCGAGUGGGCUCCAAACAUGGGUGCCUAUAUGAAUGAAGCAAACCCUUACAACUCCAGUUGGAAGCACGAUUUCUUUGGAUCAAAUUACGAUAGACUGGCCGCUAUCAAGAGAAAGUACGAUCCUACAGAGUCGUUGUAUGCCGUGUCGAGAGUUGGUGCCGAAUGGUGGGACUACGACUUGCAGACCGGCAAGCUGUGCAGAGUCGAGUAA